AUGCUCACAUCAGCGGACGUGGCAGAACGUUUGAAGGAGGUCGUUGGUGGCGCCUUGUACGAUACACACGAGGAAGAAAUCAAUGAAAGCUUCUGGCAGAAACAACGUGAAUCCUACAGUUCAGUACUCGAGGACUUGCCAUCAUCCAUCGCCCCAUUUAAGGAACUCCCCUCGCGUCCAUCCUAUCGCCUACUCAUACUUCUUGGUGGCUGUCUUGGUAACAGUUUGUCCACAAGGAAGCUUUGCAACCCUGGCGACCGUUUAUACCAGCUGGCGUUGAACACUCUGGACUCUCUCCAACAGUCCAUUGGUGCUGCAAAUAUAGGCGAGCUGUUUAGACAAGAUGACACCGCCUCCAGUCGACGUCCUACCUUUGACCAGCUUCUUCAGGAAGUUUCACUGGCCGUUUCGGCCCGCCCCCCAAAUGAGACAGAUGGCAGCCCAUUCACGAAGGCACCCCUUCUGAGAGAUGCCCUCAUUUGGUUUUCCCUAAACGUCAACUACCCAGUACUUUGCGACAAUAAGCAGCUCGGCCUCCUACACCCGUUCGCUCUUCAACUGCUCGAAGACUACCGACCUCCGGUAAAGUCUUGCGGCCUGCAGCUACUGAAGCACCUCUCAACCGAGGUCCUCAUAUCUUCUUGGCGCAGCAGUGGACGAUGCGAGGCAACUCUCAAUGUUCUGCUAACGCUACGCUCCUCUUAUGCAUCAACACAGGUAUGUCUUUUCUUUCGGUUCCUUUCUCGCAUAUGUUCCAGAUGCUUUAUCGUGGAGUUUAUGGGGUGCUCGGCGUGGACUAAACACAUGAUGCCUGCGCGCCAGAGACAAUUAUUCCAAUUUGACUUAUUUCGGACUAGACCGUCGACCACACCACCGUAACUGUCACUUUGACUUACUCUGUUUAUAUCGUGACCCGCUCAGCCGACUCUAGGUUUCAUGCUUAUAGCUCAAUCAGUGUUUCCGGCAGCAGACUUUCGGACGAAGUUGGUACGCCGGAUCGCAGCCGAUGCACUUUUCCACCGGUAGGGGGUCUGCGUGAGACCCAACUUGUGUCAGUUUAAUGAGCAGGACGUGCGUGGCACGCGUAAGCAGGACCUCGUCCAAGCUCCCAUCCCCAGUUUUGCCGUUGAAUAAGGAUCUGUGUGGGGUCGGUGGGACGUAGGGGUUCUCCAUUAGGCCGGCGGGCGCACAGGCGGCGGAUGGUGGAGCGACCUUCAGCUGCAAACGAAGCUGGCUUCCUGAUCUGACAAAUAAUCAAUGGUUCAUCAACAGCGGCGCUGCUGCCAGGGCGCGGAGGACUGUCCGCCGACUGUCUUUUACAACUUCGCAAAGCUCGAUGACGGCGUGAUGACGUAGCGGCCGUGAACCGCCGCCGCCUUGUGAUAAGGUUCUUGAACUAAAGCGCUAGAGCAAAUCUCAAAGAGACAGUUCUGGCGGUCGCUGGGAAACUUCCUGUGCUCGAGAUUCCCGAGAAACCUCAUGUAUAAGUGAAGAAGAAGAGGGUUCGAGCACCGGAACACUUUCAGACUCGUGCAGGAGUCCAUCGUCAGAGAUAGUAGCAGCAACAGAACGAGCGACAGUUAUAGAGCAUGUAGGCGAAUAACCGACCGACGGCGCAAGACUCGUAGUGACUGCACAGGGCUCUGUACGCCGGCGCCAGAUCGAUUAAUCGAUUGAUUGGGUUCUCGUCCGAGGCCCAGGCUCCAAUCAAUUCUCGGUCUGUUUUGUUUCCGGCGUGGGCGACUAUUUUGGUGGCUGCGAAGUUAGACCCGUGACCCAUUUCGUAGGUGUGGGCGGCCACUUGUGAUAAUGCGUCGUCGUCGCACAGCCAGUUUAUGUUCGUGUAUGCGCGAUCCGAGCAUUCGUCCAGUCUGGCCUGUGUAGCUACAGGGACAGUUUUGGCACGGGAUGCGACACACCACUCCAGAUUGCUCUUCACGCUUUAACCGGUCUUUAAUUCUCACGACCCUAUUGUGCAUGGUGGCUUUGGGACGGUAUGCAAUUCCAACACUUAACACCGCAGCAAUGUGCUCGGUCGCAUCUGAAACGCCCUUGAUGUAUAACAGAGAAUGCCAUAACGUCGGGGUUGUUGUUUGAGUCCCUUGGGGGCGACCGCGUGGGCAGCCACUUAUGAAUGCCCUCGGAUAGCCAUUUUGCACAAACUGGUCGCAGAGAUAACGGGCCGCACAUGCUCUGUCCUCCGGUUUGCUGCAAUGAGUUCGGAUCCGUUUGAAGAGGGCCUUCACGGAGUUUCGUUUGCAAGCCACCGGAUGGUUGCUGUGAGAACUGAGAAGCUGUGUGGUGUUCUAUGCUUUUCUACAAACUGUCGUCUCAAGUUCACCGUUCAAGUUUCGUCUGACAAGCACAUCCAUAGAUGCAUGUUUCUGAGCGUGGCUAGAUCAAACAUGCAAUCUGCCGCUGCUUCCCCACCGUAGUCAGUGGAAGUUGUUAUCUUGUUUGACGAAUGUGUAAUCACCUAUUUGUUUUUACUUUUUCUUUCAGUGUCUCCGCCGCCACUUAGGGACGACUGUUGAAAAGUAUGCGUCUAACGGUAGACCCUGUCUAACCUUAUGGUUGGUCGCACAGAUUCGACUCAUACGCUGUGAUCUAACAAGCUCCUAAGGAAAUUUCCUUGUCGCAUAGAGCUAAGACCUUCAGCUGCUUUAAACCACUACUUUGUUUUGAAUGCGUGGCCGCCAGGCACAUAUCAUUACAGGGCGUUUAAGUAGGAUUUUCUGAACUCCCUGCCUUAAGUACCGAUCAAACAACUCUAGAUAGGGCCACUGUAAUAACUGCCUUGCUUUUUCUCUCACAAUGUAACCCGACUGACCAAAUUACUGUGUUCCUGCUGGCAGUAUUAACUCCUGAUUCAGCGACUCCAAAUGCGUCUCAGCUACAUCGAAAAUCAUAGCCUUUUUGUAUUAUGCUAGCGGUGGAUUCCUGGUCGAAACUGAGACAGUCUGCACCUCAGCCCCAAAGAACGAAGGCCAUUGGGGGGUCAGAGGUGUGACUGAUAUCGGCGUCCUUCACGUAUUUAUUUGUAUACCCUGACACCGUUCCAUGUCAGGACCGAGUUCGUGCGAAACGACGUUUCGGACGAUUUCACUCUCGGGCCGUCUCAGCACACGGUCAAGCCAUUUCCGUCGAUUCAUAUGGGGGCUGCGGUUUGUGAGUCACGUUCCCGACAAGCUAUUUGGAUAUUUUAUCAGAGAGACGGAUUCGGUGGGUUGAACUCAAGCAUCUUUAAUCAACUCUGCUCAGGUAAUGGAUGUACUCUGAGUGUGUCAUGUCUCGACAGAGACCGGGGUCUUCUUCCGCCUGACCCCGUGUGGACUCCUGCGGAGUCGAAUAAGGAGCAUGCACGCUUGACUGGGCCAAUGGUCGCCGCAAUACUUACACUUACACGUCUGGCAGACAUUUCAACUCAGGAUGACAAAAUGUUUCCGAGCGCGGGGAAGGGGCUAAUUUGAGUCUAAAUUUACAUACACUAACAACCUGCAUGCCUUAUGUAUCAAAAAAGUUUCCCUCAAAUCCAAACCUUUGCCUUAUACGAUACGCCAAACUCUCCACACUCCGGUCAACUAAUUGCGUAAUGGAAGACUUCGCUGAGCACAACGGAUGGAUUUCCCUAUCGCGCGGAUUACCUCUACAACAUGUCCAUCACAACCACAUGGUUGGCAUGCGGAGAUCAUGACAACACCGUUGAACUGUGUUUGCACAGAAGGCGACGGUCUUGUACAACCUUCUGAGUUCGGUUAUUGUAUUUAUUUCCGACGGGUUCGGACAGAAAAUAUGGAACUCUUGAAGUGUGCAGGCCCUUCUGUCCUCAACGAUCAUGCCACUUAUAAAUUACUUGCGCCGCUAGUUUCUCAAAAGGACUCGAGGGUGAUACCGUGUACCAGCCAUCUGGGAUCUAGCGAGCAUAGUCGGCUCACAGUCGUAGGCAAGUAACCUCCAACACCACCCAAAUCGAAGAAGGGGCAGGAACCAGCCACUGUAGGGCGGUAAAUCUGCGUUAGACGUUGUCCAGUCUCUACACCCAAUUCCGAAGAAAAAAUGCACACCUUAUCUCACCCCUUUUCGUGUUUUAGACUCUUCUCGCGGAGGCAUUUGGUUGCAUCUUCGCCUUUCUUCGGCUCUUGGAGCCCACAGAGAAGAGAAUUUGGCUCAACAAACUAGCCGAAGUACUAUUCUCUGACCUAGUCUUAGAGGCCAAGCUGGAGAACCGUGUAGUGCUAACUGGAUACGCCACAACUCUCACUGAUUUGCUCGGAAGGGAGAUAAUGGUGCACUCAAGACGCCUUCUGAAGUCCGCUGAACUCACUCUGCUCGCCCCGCGUUCCUCGAACUCGGUAUGUUGAUUGGGCAAUUUUAAAUCGACUCUGCUGAGGCAACACCCCGUUAUCAUCCACUUUGUCUUUUAGGCAAACCUCCGAGAGCGCGAACAUCUCUCCUUCUCGCAGAUGUUGGCAUGCCUGCUCAAGUUUGUCCAACUCUCUUCCGACCUCUUGUUUCCGGACCUGCUCCCCAUGGUCCUUCCCGUGCUGACGUCAUUCGUCGACCUCGAGUGGAGUAGGCGGGGCAAUGAGGACGUGGCAGGUGGCCUCAGCACCCUGUCUUCCCAGCUAACCUCUAUCUUGAGCCUCCUACUCAAGCAGAACCCACCCGAGGUCUCGAAAGUUCUGAACCGAUGUGUGGAAUUAAGCCCGAACCUCCAGCCGAUGGUUGUAGCCUGCGGCGACUUGUACAUACCUGCCUGCAAGUAG